CGCCGGGCUCACCGCGGACAGCGCACUGCGGCGUCCCCCUCCGACCUCACCAGGGACUGGACCGACAUUUGGGGCCGAAAAUACCUGUCGGCGUCCAGGUGUGUGUUUGAGGAGGAUGAAAGGUGUGUAAGAGUGUGUGUGUGUGAGCCAUGGCACCCCCCGCCUCCACUCCGGUGUCCUGGCUGAAGUUGGGGCAGCUGCACGGUGUUCGUGAUAAGCUGCUCCGGCGCUAUGAACAUCCGCUUUUUGUUUCCUGUCUGGCUGGUCUGUACGGCUGCCAGUGGAGGCGCUACCAGAGGAGCCGCGCUCGGCCCGGAGACUGCUGCUGCAGCAAGCUGGAAGGAGCCAGUUUUGCUCUGCUUGUGGCGGCUUUCUGCUUAACGCUGGUAUUUCUUUACUUCUGGGGCGAAGCGCAGAACGACUACAAUGAUUUUGAUUGGUUUAACUUUGGGAAUCUGGGCUUCUGGUUCCCGUGGUCUGUGGUGCUGCUGGUCAUCGCUGCAGGUCUCUUCACCUACAUCACUGUGCUCAUGCUGCUGGCUGUGUGUUUGCUCUCAGAGGGGCAGAAGCUCUAUUUGCACUGGAGUCACAAGAUCGGGAUCCUGGUGACCCUCACUUUCUCCGUCGUAGCCACUGCCGUCCUGUCUGACCUCUGGAGCAAAGAAUGGACAACGCUGCUUCUUUCCUUUCAGGUGACAGCACCAUAUUUACAUUUGGGCGGAGUCUUAUUGACAACAGUCCUGGCUUGGCCGAUAGCUUUGCAUUUCUUUCGCAUGAACAGCAAAGUAAUGCGGGGGCUGAUCAUCGGGCUGUACCUGGCCGUCCUGUUUUCCCUAUACUUGGUACCUCUGGGUUUGUAUUCCCCUUGUAUCAAGGAGGAAGGCACCCUGGGCCCUGCACCGGCCCUCAUUGGGCACAGAGGGGCACCGAUGCUCGCUCCAGAAAACACACUGAUGUCCUUUGAGAAGGCUGUGGAAGCCGGAAGUGAAGGUCUGGAGACGGACGUCACCAUUAGCUUUGACGGGGUUCCGUUCCUCAUGCACGACCGCAGCCUUCGGCGGACCACCAACAUCCAGGAGGUGUUCAAAAACCGAACGGACACCCUGGCGGCCAUGUUCACCUGGGCUGAGCUGGAGAGCCUGAAUGCUGGGGCUUGGUUCCUCUCUCACAAUCCGUUCGGUACGGUCGGGUCGCUGGGAGCCGAGGACCACAUGCGGGCAGGAAACCAGUCCAUCUGCAGCCUGCAGGCCUUCCUCCAGCUGGCAGCCCACACCGACAAACUGGUGAUCUUUGACCUGUACCGUCCACCCAGAGGUCACCCCUACCGGGACACCUGGAUCCAGCGGACUCUGGAGGUCAUCCGCAAUGAGUCCUCCAUUCACUCCUAUCAGGUGCUGUGGUUACCAUCAGACUUGAGGGCGCUGGUCCAGGAAAUGGACCCUGAGCUCCAGCAGACAUCAGGCAGCCGGCUCCCACUAGAGGAGCUCCGGAGCAACCACAUCGUCAAACUCAACCUGCACUACAGCGCCAUGUCCCCUGAGCUCGUCAGUGAGUACGCAGCGGUGAACAUCUCCACCAACCUGUAUGUGAUCAGCGAGCCGUGGCUCUACUCUCUGGCCUGGUGCACUGGAGUCCAGUCCGUCACCACCAACGCUCCCCAGCUCCUCAGCACCAUGAGCGCCCCGCUCUUCCUCAUGACUCCAGAUGAGUAUAAUCUGAUGUGGAUCCUCACUGAUGUGGUGUCCCUCAUGCUGGUCCUCACCAUCUUCAUGUUCCACUGGUGGCGAGAGCGAGGCCUGGCAUUUUGCUCGGGCAGAAAAACCACGCUGGACAAUGGCGCUUAUAGCAAGUUCAGAACAGAGCUGAGUGACGUAUGGUCGGUCACCAGCGUUAACUCCCAGGGAGAGUCCCGCAGCUCGCUGACCACCACACACUCCCUGGCAGCCGUCACCGAGCACUAACCACUGCCUCUGAGAGGAAGCAGCCUCUCGACCCUGAGCCUCUGACUGAGAGAGUUUUGGUAAUGUCGUGACCAGAGGUGAAGACACAGUGGGGAAAGCGGCUGAAUCAGGUGGAAUACAGUAUUAGCAGGUAUGGGAGGAGCUGGCAUCAGUCCUGACCAAUCAAAUAAGCUCUUCCCACCCCCUUUAACAGCAGUGCACUCCCUGCCAUGACGUACCGACACUUUAGGGGAGGCAAACUCAGACCGGCCUCUCCCAAGAACCCUUCCUGUCCAGGACUCUGAAUCUAAACAUGUAGCACCACGAAUAUGUCGCUGAAGGCAGAUGAUGGCCCUUUUUAAUGUGAAUUCACGUUUUCAGUCAAAGCCCCGUCCCUACAUCUCUGUGUGUAAUGAUGCUGAUGUGAUAUUAGAGGGAAAAUCUCACAACACAGGUUUGUUAAUGGCCAGUACUUUGUUUUCUACUCCUACGCUGAAAUGCACACAGUAAUGCCACAGUAACAUGAGUAAACGCUAAAGUGUGUUUAAGCUGUUUACAGGAUUGUAUAGGCCUAAACUGACAGUUUUUUUUUUUUUUUUUACAAAUCCUAGCGGAAACUGUAGAGGACAGACACUAGUAGGAAUUGGCCCUCAGUCUCACCCAGCACAGACUCACAGCACGCUUUCCUGCUGUUAUUGCCUUAAUUAGAAUUAGAAGCCAGAAAAUACUAAUGCACUUAUUUUAAAAAGCAGGUGUGUACAGGAGGAAAACCACAAAGGCAAUACAGGAAAAAAAUCCCACACACUUGUUUAAACUAGGAUUUUAUUGCAGGAGAUGUUUCUGUCUGCUAAGGAUCUUCAGGCCUUUAAUCUGAUCCCAUGCAGAUCUGAUGUUCCUCAGCCUGUAUUUCUAAUUAUUACAAUUCCAGUGAUGCUGGAUUGACGUUAGAUUUCUUGUGUUCAAAUGCUUUGAACAUCUAAACACAACCCCUUGAAACCUGAGCAAAUUCACUUGAUUUCUUUCAAAAACAUGGGGAAAAAAAUAAAUGACUCAAAAAAAUAUUAUUAUAAUAUAAGAUAUUAGUAAGAAGUUUCAGGGAAAUUGUC